CUUCUUAAUUUUGAGAAAAUGAAAAGAAUCUAAAUCAGCAAGAUUUAUUCAAUUCUCAAGAAAUCUAAGUCCCAGUUUUAACUGACUUUCGCCGCGAUGGAAACUCAUCCCACUCCGUUCCCAGUUAUCAAACCAAGACACACAAGGAAAAUCUCCGAACCCCCGAAAAUCAAAGCGAAGGGUGGAUCGCUCGUUCACAGUUGCAGGGAAAGGCGAGUGUUUGGAACUGCCCGAAGCCCUGCCGUUCCUUUGAAGACGAAAACAGUGAUCGAGAAGCCAGUGAAGUCGAAACCCGCAUCAGGGCUGCUAAAGAAGCCUUCAAAAGUGACAAAACCAUCCCAAGCAACUCGAUCACCAAUCAUACGGAGGCCAAUUUUGGUAAUUUUGGUGGCUGGAAAGCCAACGGAGAAGACCCCGGCUCGGCCGAUGAAGGCAAAACCCGCAUCAGGGGUGCUAAUGAAGCCUUUAAAAGUAACAAAACCAACUCGAUCACCAAUCAUACGGGGGCCUAUUUUGGGGGCUGGAAAGCCAACUGAGAGGACCCUGGCUCAGCCGAUGAAGAAAACCGUAUGUUUUCAAGAGAAGGGACCCGGAAAGAAUUCGGAUGAUGGAAGUGCCGCUGAGCCUCACACUCCUCUGAACGCGAUCAUAGCCAAGCCAAGAGUCGCCACGCCUUUUUACAGCGCAGAGAAAUGUAGCAAAUGUAGGUUCGACAAGCUUGAGACCGCGUCUUACUGGCUGUCUCAGAUCAAGUUGGCGGAAUCUGUGGGGAAACAUUGGGUCUCUGCUACUUUGUUUGGACUGGCUUUCGACUGCAAUGCAGAGCCCAUUCGUAACUUGAGAGUUGAACUAAGGAAGUAUCUGGCACGACAUGAGCAAGUGAGUGAGGAAGAGGUGUGGAGGAAGAUGAAGGUUAGCUAUGGAUUGGUAAAAGAAGAAUGCAAUGCAAAUGUGGAGGUUGUAGAAGGCGGCCGUGGAAGAAGCGAAUGCAAGUCUCUACAGCCACAAAGAUGAUAAUUUGCCAAACCAAUUUGAUGAAGAAGAUAUGAAGUGGCCUUUUACAAAGAUGCUAGUGUUGUGAAUUGUGGUAUAGAGUAGUUUAGUUCAUGUUAGAAAACGGCUGUUUUAUGUCUUUUCAAUUCGGGGGAUAACAAUUAGGCAGUUUCCAUUUUGUAGGCUAAGCUUGUUGUUUGGUUGACAUAAUCUUUAUAAAUUAUAAUGAUUUCAAUUUA